ACGUACGAGGAUUUCGCAAAAAUCAAUAAACAAACCAGUUAUUCUGCGUUCUACUUAUUACAAAUUUCGGUGUAUAUUAAAUUAAAAUGUUGUUAAAAAGAAAUUUGUUAGAAUGCGUAACUCUUUUUUCGUGUGGCGUAUGUGUUAUUUGCAUAUUUCUCAACUGCGUGACGAACAUAUCCCCAAUUACCGGAAUAUGGUUUCCCUUAUACAUUAUUUUAGUAUUUAUCCUCUCAAUAUCGUUUAGUUUUAAGUUUAUCCAGUGGUUAUUGCAUAUGAAUAAGCCUAUCAAAUAUGACUUAGAAGGUUUAUUCAAGGAUUAUCCCCAGUUUAUAUUUCUAAAACGGUUUUUACCGCAAGUCAAGAAGAGGGUUAGAUCUCCUGAUUUUGAAGAAGGAAAGGAAUAUGACACGAACGAGCUGAGUGUGAUUUCGACUGUGCUGCAGAAGAAAUUGGUGUCGUCAUGGUAUGAGCCGUAUAUUUCACAAGAAAUUGGAUUUCCGUUUGCCUGCAAGCAUUUGCUGGAUCAAAUGAUUGAAAAAACUUUCAAGAUCUGCAACAAAAUUGAAACCAAAGACGUAUUUAUAGACACCUGCUCAAUAUUAACCAGCCACUUAAGAGAGUACAGAAAAACUCUGAAAAGACAUGAAAAAUCACCGACAAGCUCUAUAGAGUCCCUUUACAAGGAAACUCACCCGAUAUUUGAAAAGAAACUGGAGUCGGGUGAACACUGCACCAAUAUUCUAAGGAUUAUAUUAAAAGAUCUUGUCCCGUGGGAGCUUUGGGACACGCCACAUUCUGAAUUACUAGUCCGUAUCUUGUCAAAAAAGCUUGAUACAUUUAUUGAUGGUACGUUGGCAGAUCCUGUUUGGAUCAAUGAUAAGUUGUUGAAUAUCAUAGAUAAAGCAGAGAUUGAAGAAGUGGUUGAGAAAGUAGAAGAGCCGGAGGUAGUGGAGAAGGAAAGUGAGACGACGAUUGAAUCAGUAUUGUCUACAAUUGCGACUAAUAGUGCAGCACCUAUAUUACAAAGAGAUAUUACUGAAGACCUCAGCACACCAUUCGUGCAAGACACAGAAGCAGUGAUAGAAGGUGCUGCGAUGCUGCCCGCAGCAGACGCGCCGGUACUGCGCCAGCGCCGCGGCCGCCAGCGCGAGGUCAAGAUCUAUGACCGUAUUGUGGAAGGCAGCGUAAAAACCUGGGACACGGACAUGGACCUCCAAUGCAUCAGCAUGGGCCAGGACCUGCUGGCGAGCUUGGACGGCGGCGUGGUAGGCCGCCUGUGGCCAGACCCCGAGCCGGUGGACCACAGUCCCCCCGACACCACUAGCAAGGACCUGCCUCUUUGGUUUGGCGAAGAAGAAACACUAGACCUGGAUCGAGAUAGCCCACCAAAAGACAGCCCAGUUAAAAAAGAGCACAGCCCGAAGCCCGUGGAACUGCUGAAGGAGUUGCAGCACUCGGCCAAGACCAAGAUAGGAGGCCUACAGGUCCCCAUGCCCUCACUAGAUGUCCGGCCCAAUGACGAGGCCGCGGGCAUGAUGGAGGGGCUGCUGGACUUCGGGAUCGCGGGGCUGAAGAAAGGGCUGCGGUUCACAGGCCUGAGUGACGAUUCGCAGGACAAGUCACCAUCACAUCUGAAGGACAAGAGCGAGCGGAAUUCGCCCACAGAGAGCAGAAAGCUGGCCCAGAGGGAACCUAUCAUUUCGUCUGUCAUACAAAGAGAAGACAAUGGAGCAACCGUGGCUCCCUCGUUGGUAAAGCAACAUCGUGUGGUGUCGCAAGACAGCGUGCCGUCAGCACCGAAGCCAAUACCGCACGCCCCUUUGCCGACGGACUCUCCGGAGCCGGAGUACGAGGAGGCGGCCGACCUGUCCGCCAGCAUCGCCAAGCUGCGCUCGCUGCUGCAGCGGCAGGGCAGCCCGGAGAACAACGGCUCUGGACAGAGCGGCGACGAGGUGGUGUGGGAGGGCGCGGAGGAGACGCGCGGGCGCACGCAGCGCCACCACUCCUCGCGGCCCGUCGACACCGCCACCCUAGCCGACGAGUACGAUAUGCAGACCGAUAGGAGCUCGUCACCGACGCCCUCCAACAGACUAGACAAAUUAUUCCAACGGACGGUGACGGGCGUGUUCAACUCCAUAAAAACUGCAGUAGGCGCGGAAGGAGACGAGAUACUCCCGCAGCAGCCUCUACAGGAGUGGACCUACGUCUGCACCUCUGUCGAGCUCAGCGUGGGCGGGGCGGUGGCGCGGCUGGUGGGGUCGCGGCGCGCGUACUCGCACGUGGACGCGGCGCUCGACUCGCUGGAGCAGCUCGCGCCGCCCGACACCCGACAACACAUCGUGCCCGAGGACUUCGAGGAUUGGUGCGUGGUAUACGGCGGCGGCAUGGCGCUGGCGCAGCUGGCGAGCGCGGCCGGGCUCGGCAGCAGCCACGCGGCGCACCGCCUCGCCACGCUGCUGCUCGCCGACGUAGCAGAGUCCCUGAUCGAGGCGUGGUUAGAAGAGCUCGCGUCGUGGCUGAGACAACAAGUGUUCGUGGUGUUUGGGAAAAUGGCCGACGAGGGCAAUGACCUCCCGCGGGCACACCUCAGGCCUUACAACCUCGACUAUACCUGUCAGGUCGUCAUGUCCAAAAUACCGGUUCUCGGGUCCAUAUUCGGCGAAGAGGCCCUGUCGGACGCCGUCAAGCUCUCCAUAUCGAGUUUCGGCCACAAGGAGGUGAACAAAGACGUGAUUUUCCGAGUACUGGACCUCGUCGCGGUGCAUUUCAAGAAGUCUGCCGGCCUUAGGAACCCUUCUUUUGAUGCCAAUUGAAAAUUUUGUGAACAAUUGGAGAAUUGGAUAUUAAUCACCCAUUCAGCACUAAACACGAAAUAUUGUGAUUACGCCUCUAUUAUGAUAUUUAUGAUAACUCCAGAUAGGUAAUGGGCGUUUAAAUUGUACAAAUUGUACAGUUGUUCUUUAGUCGCGGAAAGGCAAGCUAUAACAGUAUUUACACCGAAAAAGAAGGAGAUAAGCUUAUGUUCAACAACGAGUGUAACAAAGAUAGUAUAAUAAAGAGAGCGUGUGCAAGAAAAACCGCUUGCCUGCUUCUUAUAACUCAAUUAUAAUAUAAAGUUUAACAAAAAGCUAUGCCGACGACUUAAAAUGUAUUGGAAUGACUUCUGAUCUGCUGGCCUAGCCAAGGUUACAAUCGCUAUCGCUUCGACAGCGAAAAGUUAUAUGUCUCUCUAGGCCCUCUAGGGGCUGUCCAUAAAUUACGUCAACGAUUUUUGACCCCCUCCCCCUCAAAUCAUCAAAAAAUCAUGCUUCGAAUGACCCAGUUUCUCCUACGUCAUGCUACCACCAUCCGUCGUCCAGACCCCCCCCCCCCGUAAUUUGACGUAAUUUUUAAUUUAUGAAUAGCCCCCUAUCACUCUUCCAUAUUAGUGCGAUAGUGACAUUUGCGUUUAUUUAUCUGUACUAUUGUCAAAGGAAUUUCAAGCUUUACAAUGUAAUCUAUAUUUAAAUUAUUAAAAUAUAUCUUAGCCGUACAGGCUACCGUGAACGGCUGCCAUUAUGGUGAAUGAAAUGAAUUUUAAUUUACAUUUUGCCGUGUUCCAACAAUGCUUGUAAGACAGCGAUCGCUAUCGACAGAUCGGUAUCGAAUUGCUGUGACAUCUUAUAAGCAUUGUUGGAAUACGACCGACUGUGAUUGGCAGUGGCCUAGUGAUGGCACAAAUCACUUAUUGAUCUGUAUCGAUCUACUUAUUUUUGUAUUCUUUAUGUUGUGAAUUAAAAAGAAAAUUAUUUAUAUAAAUUAAGGACUUUUUCAAGAUCUGGCACAAAAUUAGGCUAUUUGUAUCUUAACUUACUUAAAUUUUACUAUUUUCUAUAAAAUAACAAAAAACUAAAAUUGUUACAAAUAUCUGUAAUAAACCUAUACUAGUAUUUAAUUUGGAUCUCAUAUUUAUAUGAAACAAUUCCGAACUAUAACUAUUAAAUGUGAUUUAUAUUGAUGUUAUUGUAUACAUAAUUAUAAUAAAUAUAUUAAUAUUCAAUAAAUGGACGCAAAUUAAAAACACGAGUUUCCUUACACCAUUAAUAAAAUAUUUAUUUACUUAAACACUUUUAAAAUAUCACAGCUCGAACAGUAAAGAGCAUGACACAAUAGGAAAAUAACUAAAUAGUUACUUUAUACCAGUGGUUCUUAACCUGGGGGUAAUUACCCCCGUGGGGGUAAAACUGGUAUUUUACGGGGGUAAUAAGCUAACCUAAUAUAACAAUACAACAAACGUACACGUUUUAUUUUUUAUUACCAUUGGGAGGAGGGGUAAAAUCAGGUUCCCUAGUUAGUCAUAGGGGUGACCGGACUGAAAAGGUUAAGAACCACUGCUUUAUACUUAAUAUUAAGUCGCGCAUCUUAUGUACAGUUAAAAUACCUUAUUAAAGUACACUUGCACUUAACCCUAUUUCUGCUUGUCUGUCUACUUAUCUUUAAAUUCUGUGGAAUGAAGUACUUUAUACAAAUAACUAGUAUAUUAUGGUAAUACUACUAUAGUAGUAGUAAUUAUAUCGAAAAAUAUGAAGUAACAUUUAGGUAUACCUCCAGAGACCCAGAAGCAAUUGUUUUUGAAUUUAGUAUCCUUAGUUACUCAAUAAAGAUUCAAAAUAGAUUGUAGAAUAUUAUGUACGACAGCCGACGCAAUAUCGAGCCGAUAAAGAAAAUCAAAAUUAAAUUCUGUACAUUUCAAGAUAAUAACAGCAAAAUAUAUAAUUUGAAAUGUUUUUUAGUACUUAAAAGUUCAGACACAUUAUGUUACUACGAUUACUCAAUUAUUUGUCAAAAUCACUUCAUAUAACAAUAAGUUCUAAUUCUGAAACAUAUAGGUAACAUUUUAGGAGAUUAUCAUUAAAUAUCCUAUCCAUUAUAACUACGUAUUUUGUUUUUACUAUACGCUUCAAAUAUAUAAUUGCACAUAAUUUACGUAUUACUUGGUAAUGUCAUUUUAUGAGCAACAGUUACAUAUCACAAAUCAUACCUACAUUGCAAAUUAUCUUACAUAUAUCUACAAUAUUACCUAAUGAUUAUUUUAUUUGUCAAUUGCAUUUUGAACUAUGUCCCGAACCUGUGUGUAUUCCUAUACCUAAUACAGGUUGUAAACUUAAAAAAGGUAACCUAUAGCAUUUUAAUUAAACAUAUGUCUGUCAAAAACUGGUAACAUUAACACAAACAAAUAGGCAAGAUAACAAAUAAUCUCUUUACAUAAUUACAAUUGUCCAGCAAUUUUCAGUUUAAAUAUAAUGUAAAGGACGUCUCUGUAUCUAAAUCUUGUUAUAAUAAUAUGAUGGCCCUUACACAUUCAUACAGUGAUCAGCCGGCGUAUUAUGGAUAGCUUUAUCCAUCUUUAUCCACGUGAUAAAAUAACUGUCACUUUCUAACACCGUGGGAGAGAAAGUGACGGACACCGUUUUAUCACGCUGUCACGUAGACAAGAACGACCAUCAUA